AUGGCGGUAGCCUUCGGGGACCACGAAAGUGGGUUCCGCCACAACGAGGUGAUCGCGUUCAUCAACAAUGAGAUCCUCAGUAACGGCGGUGGCCCAGACUUCUACCUGGCCUUCCGCUCGCGGCCCUGGAACGAGGUGGAGGACUGGCUCUGGGACACCGUGAGAGACCCGCACGUGCCCGGCCACAUCAAGAGGGCCCGUGCCUGGAGUGCGCUGGCCCUGAGUGUGCGUGUGGCCGCGAGGCAGCGGGUGCGGCAGGACCGUCGGGUGCAGCGGCUACAGGAUCAGCUGCAGGAGCGCGAGGCGGCCUCCAGGGCCCUGGCUUUGGAGCUGCAGCGGCUGCGUGAGGCACACGAGGAGGCUGACUCGCAGCUGCGUUUCACACAGGCGGCCCUGCAACAGGCCCUGAGCGAGUGCGAUGUGCUGCGCGGGAGGCUGUUCCAGGUGGGGAGAUGGGCCCAAGGCAUCCCGUUGCCCAUGGAAAUAGUGCUUGUCCCACGAGCCCACCCACACAUGACCGCAGCGUGGCCACAGAAUGCGGAGGGGUAUAGGGGUGUCAUGGCUAUGGGGGCACAAGGCAGACUGUACGUGGAGACCCAAAUGAUAGCCCUGGCUCCUGUGCUCUACGUGCCAGGACCACCUUAUCCUUGGAUCCAGGUGUUUCAACAUCCUCUGCCGAUGCCAGUGCCAUACUCAUUCCCAUUCCAUGCACCAUUCCCAAUGGUCCCAUACUUGCCAUCUCUACCACCUGCUGUAGUCAUGAAUACAGAAGCAGCAGCAGUCCCUCUUCAGUUGCUUCCUGGGGUGAUCUACCCUCCUUGCCUGUGGGUUGCAGUGGGCUCCCAGGAGAUGGCCCCACUGCGGUACCAGAGAUACCAUGGCCAGGAGCAAGGUCUUUUCAUCCCCCAGGGGACAGCUCCCCUGGGAAACAGAGGGAGCCGCAGCCAAGAGGAAGGUUCAAUGAGACCACAGGAGACUGUCCCAUUGGGAGACAACAGGAGCCACAGCCCGGAGGAAGGUCCAGUGAGGCCCCAGGAGCCAGCCCGGGUGGAGGACAACAGGAACCACAGCCAGGAGGGAGGUCCAGUGAGGUCCCAGGGGAUAUCCCCCCAGGGGGACACCAGAAGCCACAGCCAAGAAGAAGGUCCAGUGAUACCUCCAGGGAUGCCACCCCUGGGGGACAGCAGAAGCCAGGAGGAAGGUCCAGUGAGGCCCCAGGCGAUGGCCCCUCUGGGGGGCAGAAGGAGCCGUGAAGUGAGAGAGAACCCAAAGAAACAGCAGCCUCAGGGGCAAAAGGCCAAGCAACCAAGAGGGAAAAAAACCUCGGAAUCCCAGCACCAGGAGAAUCCUGCCCCCAGAAGCAGUCCAGCGAAUUGGGAUUGUCCGUGGUGUAGAGCGAUGAAUUUUUCAUGGCGCACGGCCUGCUAUAAAUGCAGGAGAGUCUAUGUGCCAGAUGAGAGUGGAGGCCUUGACCCGGGACAAGCUCCUCACUGAUUUCAGAAAGGUAAGUAUGAAUGGAAACAUACUCCAAAGAGAAAUCAAUUUCCUGAGGCUCCUUUAUGAUUAAA